AGGAAUGAUUUUCGGUAUAUGUCUAAAUAUAUGUUCUUCGGUAUUUGUUUAGGAAUUUUCCAUACAUGUUCAAUUUGAUCUUUAAAAGUUACCGAUACUCGAGUGGAUAGACAAUUGGCACGUAUCGUGAUAGUGGCUAAUUUGAUUUUUCGCCUUAAAAAAACGAACAAGUUCAUCGAUAGAACGAUCCGAAUCGUUAUAAUUAUCUGUCUCGGUCCAAGGUUUUCUUCCUCAUUUUGAAAAUGUUUAUCAAUGUGUCAACAGAAGAGAGUUAUUAAGGAAGGAGAAAUACGGAGAAAGAGAGUACGUCGGUGCUCGUUAGCGAGAAAAAAAAAUAAUACGAUCCAAUAGAAAGAAGAAGAUGGCGUUUACUUACAGCUUUAAUGAAUAGGUUUGAUGAUAAGGGUUUGGAAGACACGAACGAUACCUACUUACAAAAUGAUAUGCAAGCGAUUCGUAUUUCCGUGCUGGCCAGAUAAACCUUGUUCCAUUGCGCGUUCUCUCCUUGAACAGAGAUCAUUCGCAGAAUCGCAAGAAUCGGAUCGCGUCAAUUUUGAAAUGAGUUAACUCUUGUCGCGAAAUCUCUUUCAGUUUAUAUAUCUUCGAUAGCCGCCUGUCAGUGCCCGAGAAGGAUCGCCAGCAAUGUCAGUGCCCAGGAAGGAUUCCAUCUCGACGGAAGAUGCCAAAAGGAAGAAAAAAAAGAGGAACUUUAGUGCAAACUCGAGAAAAUAUUUGUUGAUACUACAAUGGCUUCCAAAGUACAAUCAAUUUCAAGCUAUAUCCGACGUUAUAGCCGGUAUUACGAUAGGACUCACCAUGAUACCGCAGAGUAUCGCUUACGCUGCACUGGCUGGAUUAACUGCUCAGGUAUCCUUGCUUUCCCAUUUCUAUCGGGGGAAAGGAGAAAGAGAAUGUGAAUUCGACUAUUCUGUUAAUUCACAGUACGGCCUUUACUCGUCGUUCCUCGGUGGUUUCAUAUAUCUUCUACUCGGAACCACCAAAGAGGUCUCCAUCGGUCCUACAUCUUUGAUGUCUCUCUUAACGAUGGAAUACACGCAUGACAUGCCGAUAGACUUCGUUGUACUCCUUACAUUCUUGGCUGGAUGCGUAGAGUUAACAAUGGGCUUGUUGAACUUAGGUUUUUUGGUGGACUUCAUUUCCAUCCCUGUUACGUCGGCAUUCACUUCGGCAGCGGCAAUUAUUAUAAUCGUUGCCCAGAUUCAGGGUCUCCUAGGUCUGAGAUACAAGUCGUACAACAUAAUCGAUACUAUGAAUAAAACGUUUAAAAACAUAGAGAAGGUUCAUUUGCCCGACGUAGCACUCAGUUUUUCUUGCAUAGUUUUUCUUUUACUCUUCAGGAAACUGCAAGACUUUGGAAACAAGACCGGGAACAAGGAAAUUACGAGAACGAAAAAGAUUUUGUGGUUUCUUUCCAUUGGUCGCAAUGCUCUUGUCGUCUUAAUAACAUCAAUUAUAUCGUUUAAUUUGACAUUGCAGGAAUCUUCUCCAUUUACUCUUUCAGGAAAAGUGAAACCUGGAUUACCCGCUGUAUCUGUACCGCCGUUUUCGUCCCAAAUCGGAAAUCGUACAUACACAUUUUUCGACAUGUGCUCCCAUUAUGGAUCUGGCAUAUUUAUGAUACCAAUCAUCGGUGUCUUGACAAACGUGGCGAUUGCAAAAGUAUUUGCAAGCGGUAACUCGUUAAACGCAAAGCAAGAAAUGUUAACGCUCGGCAUUUGUAAUAUACUUGGAAGUUUCUUUUCGUCAAUGCCAACUUGCGGAGCAUUGACAAGAAGUGCAGUAAGUGCUGCGAGCGGUAUACAGACGCCUAUGGCGGGAUUGUAUACAGGAAUCUUAACAUUGUUAGCUCUUAGCUUUCUAACGCCUUACUUUUACUAUAUACCACGUGCGACACUCGCAGCGGUAUUAGUAAGCGCCGUUUUCUUUAUGAUCGAUUUACGAAUAUUCAAAGUCCUUUGGAAAGGAUCCAGAAAAGAUGCAAUAGCAGCUAUAGUGACGUUUGUAGUUUGUAUAGUUUGUAACAUUGAAGUAGGACUUCUCCUUGGUGCAGCGCUUAAUAUAAUUUUUUUACUUCAUCCAUCGGCUAGACCAAAUCUAAGCACCAUUGAGUGCAAGCACACUUACAUACCUACAUACCUACGCACGACACGCGCACGCACGCACACACACACCAUACAUACAUCAUACAUACAUAUAUAUAUAUCUCCCUCUCAGACAGAUUUGGGAAAUGAAUACCUGAUACUUAAACCUGACACAGGAUUUUAUUAUCCUGCAGUAGAUUUUCUUUCCAACAAAUUAGAGACAAUAGCUACCAAAUAUGAGGAACAAGUACCGUUGCUCGUAGAUUGUGAAAGAUUUCAAGGCUUUGAUUAUACCGCUAUAAAGAGUAUGGAAAGAUUAUCGAAACAAUUGAAUACUAAAACGCAAAGAUUAUGGCUAUUAAAUGUUAAGCCAGAAGUUAUAAAAACUAUUUCAAUAUUAGCAGACAAUAAAUAUUUUCUUUUUAUCAAUGAUCAUAAAAGUAUUAAGUCCUUUGUAGAUGAAGUAAAAAAAAAUACCGAUGAACAAAAUCUUGUGGACGAGGAAAAUCAACUAAUGAAAAAUACUGAAAAAGAAAAUCUAGAAAUGGAAGGCUAUGAAGAUUCUAAUGGAAUAUUUAAAAAGAGAAAUGAUGAUAUGAAAGAAUCUGAUAAAGUGUCAUUGCAUUAAUAAAACGCUUGAUAGAAAGCUUGGAUAACUAUUAUGUGUACAGCUGAAUCGUCAUAAGAAUGAAUAAAUUAUUGAUAAAUUAUACGUAAGAUCGUAGUAAUAUUGUAUCAAGAAAUGUUUACAUAAAUUAGUCAAUGAUAUCAAAUUUCUAUCGAGUGCUUCUUAGUUAUAUUAAUUAAUUCAACACACAGAACUUAUUGUAAUGUAUCAUAGGAAAGAUGGACAUUAUUACGAAAAAAAAAAGCGUUACACAAGUAAACAGGUACAGAAUUGAAGUAGUGUAGUAAUAGGUUUUCGAAGCAUUAAUGUGCCCAUGAAUUAAACAUUGGUUUAUUAAAAAAUUGAAUACAGAGAAAAAA